CUCCGCUCCGCCCAGACGACGGCGCGCGACGGUGAGUGGUUCGGACCGAAGCGAUGCUCAAGGCCAAGAUCCUCUUCGUUGGGCCCUGCGAGAGUGGCAAGACAGUGCUGGCCAACUUUCUGACCGAGUUCUCUGAGUACAUCUCUGACUACAAGCCCACGCAGGGAGUGAGGAUCCUGGAAUUCAAGAACCCACAGGUCUCCACCAGCAAAGGCGCCGGGUGUGAAUUUGAGCUCUGGGAUUGUGGUGGAGACCCCAAGUUUGAGUCAUGCUGGCCAGCUCUCAUGAAGGAUGCACAGGGCGUGGUGAUUGUCUUCAAUGCCCAUGUGCCUAGCCACCUGAAGGAGAUUGAAUCCUGGUACUCCUGCUUUGUGCAGCAGCAGCUGAUGCGGGACAGCCAGUGUCUGCUGGUUGCGCACUACAAGUCCGGCUCUGGUGGUGACAGGAGCAUUCCCCCGCUGGCACCUCCCCUGAAUAAGCUGAAGCUGGUACACUCCUGCCUGGAGGAGGACCCUGAAGAGAUUCGGACUGAAUUCGUUAAAUACUUAAAGAGUGUCAUCAGCUCCAUAUCCGAGAGCCGUGACCGGGAGGAGAUGUCCAUCAUCACCUAGUUGACCCAUGAAG